CUGGCUGCGCCGCUCGACCCCACAGCGCUGCUCGUGUUUACUAUUCAGUUGCUGAGUUGUGAUGUCCAUCAAUUAUACUUCUGUGGGUAGCCAAAUCUUACAGAAAUAACCUUCUCAGAGCCAUAUUCUCAACCCGCAAACCUAUUCUAGAUGCCAAGGACUACACGAAUCAAGUUUUAAGAGUUGGCGCCAUAAGAAGUCUGAAGAUAAUGCAGCAACGAAAAUGCAUUGUGAAGUACCAAACAUACAAGCAAACAUUCUCAAGUUCAUCGGAUACACUUAACAGUACUACAAGUUGUCCAAACUUGGGAUGUUGGUGCCUCUAGCAGAUACUAAGCAUCAUCAUGUAACAGGUUGGACUGCAUAGCGUGUGAUGCCUGCAUCAUCAACUGAGGUGAUAGAGGCGGCGCUGCAGUCUGCAUACCGACACAAACCGGUGGACACAGCCCCCUCUUUUUCGUACAAGAAGAACCAAUUAGAGGAGCGGCUUGUAGCGUCUAGUAAACAGGUGCUGCUGAACCAUGUUGAGUAUGAUCGUGUGGGCACCCAACAAUCUCUGGUGCUAUGCUCUCUCAAGACCAAAUAUGUGAACCUGACAGCCAACGACACCACCACCACUUCCACCUCUCCGUCAGGUAGCAUGGCCCAUGCACACCAUAAGCCAUCUGCUGGAGCAAGAGAGGACCAGCUGGAUGAGCCUCGUGUGGUCUUAUGGCCCAGAGACAAGGUCACUUUGGGAUGGAGGAAGACUUUUCCCCCUGGUGCAGGAAUGGUCAACUUAGGAAACACAUGCUACAUGAACUCUUCGCUCCAGGCACUCUUCCACAUCCCAGCCAUGGCUAAUUGGCUUAUGGAAGAUCUCUCAUCCCACACUCAGCGAUGUGAAAUCAACUCCAGCAAUGCUUCCUUCUGCUCCGUUUGUGCAAUGAUGAGGACCUUCCGUUCCACGCUUGAUCGGUCAAACACGGUUAUAAAGCCAUCACUCAUACAACACAAGCUGAAAAGCAUUGGAAAGACCCUUAUGUAUGGACGUCAAGAAGAUGCUCACGAAUUCAUUAAGCUACUUUUGGAUCACAUGGAAAAGUCGUACCUCGCAUUCAGGAGAGCAACUAAGCUUGAUCAUCGAUCCAAGGAGACCACACCUCUCAAUCAAAUAUUUGGAGGCUACAUUAGACAACAGGUGAUAUGCCCUGUGUGCCGUUACGUGUCUACUACAUUUUCACAUUUCCAAGACUUGGUGCUAGAUAUCCGAUCAGUCAACAGUGUUGAUGAUGCACUCAACCUUCAUUUUAAAAAGGAAACCCUAGAUGUGGAUAAUGCCUAUAAAUGUGAGCGGUGUCACAAGAAGGUACCAGCUACUAAACGCCAUCUCAUAGAACGCGCUCCACACGUGCUGUUAAUACAGCUGAAGAGAUUUACUAUGUCUGGUGGUAAAAUUGGGAAACACAUAAAUAUUCAAAGAACAAUAGAUAUAUCAAGGUUCGUGAAUGGAGCAAGCAAGCAUCAGCCAGGUAGUGGACCAUAUCAAUAUCGUCUGGCAUCUAUGGUUAUUCACCUUGGUGGAUCGCAGCAUGGAGGUCAUUACACAGCUGUAGCUGAGGCAUCUAGUGGCACUAUGUUUGAAUUUGAUGAUUCUUCGGUGCGGUCCAUAUCGGUUCAAAGUGCACUUUUGCGGAACCCAUACAUCCUGUUUUAUGAGAUGGUGCAAAAACCAAAGGACAAUAUGCUGGUAAAACAAGUGGUGCGUCAGAGUUCUGAGAAGACACUAAUUCGUCAGAAUUCAGAUGGGAUCUCUAAACCAAUACCAACAAGUCACAGUGCUUCGUCAGUGACUAAUGGUUUUGGUCGUGCUACUGAUAAUAUUGGAGAACUUGGAAAUAGAAAUAGUGUUUUGACUCCUACUAAUAAACCUGCAUUGCCAUCACACAAAGACAGGGAAAGAAUAUCCUUCGGUAUCAAGUUUAAUCAAGGUAAAAGUGAAAGUACAAGCAAGCCUAAUAAGAUCAUUCUCAACUCUGGUACUACAUCUCUUUUGGGAACAAAAUCCUCACUUGUUGUUUCAGGCUCUUCCUCAUCUACUUCAACACCUGGUAAAGCAUCUUCAGUGCAUAAAACUGUGUCUAGCUUGGUACCAUAUCCAGAUGAUUCUGAAGACUCUGAGGGUGAUGAAUCUAAACGAGGGGCAGUAAAAGCACACAGGGAAAAGCCAGUUCAAGUUUGUAAAGUGAAAAGUGAUGAUCAGAAGGGUAUAAAAGCAAAUGGUGUGAAGAGUGUGAAAAUUGAAAAAAUGAAUGGAUCGUUACAUGUACAGAAACUGGAAAAGCUUAGUAAUGGUGAUAUUAAGAAUAUCAAGUGUACUGAAAGUGACAGUAGUGUAAAAAGUAAUAGUUCAUGUAAAAGUGCAUCAUCGACUUCAUUUAUGCCACGAUCGCUACAAGUUGUAAAUAGCACCAGUCAGCAUAUGGCAAAUAGCAGUACAAGUUCUAGUAAAGGUGACUCAGGUUGGCUUGUGACAGAUGCUGCAUUACAUUCACCUAGUGAAAGUAGCAAUAGUAGUGCUGGUGGAUCACAUGCAAAUUUGUUCACUGUGGUAGAUCAGCCCACUAGCUGUAAGUUAGAACAGAAGCAGCAACAUAGUCAAGUGCCUGAAAAAAUAGAAAAUCAAGGAUGGACAGUAACUAUUAGAAAGCAACGUCCAGAAUUAGAAAAGUCCCUUUCACAUGACUCUGUUCUUCCCAGCCCAACCCGUAAAAAGGAUGAACCGGAUUCUGCUAGUCUGAAAAGCAAAGCCAGUGUUGACAGUUGCCGUUCUGACCGCUCAACAAAAUCUAUGAAGAAAUCCCUCUUUUCACUAUUUACUUGUGUAUCAUCUCGCAGUCCAGAAAGCCCAGAAGAUGAGCAGCCAGAAGCUGUAUGCCCUCAAGAGGAGACAGAAGAAAGCACCAAGCCUAAGCCCACAGAUGGCGAUCGCACAAAAGUCAGUAACAGUGAUGGCAAGCUCAACAAGAGUAAUAUCACUUCUAGCUCACCUAAUUGCAAAGAGUGCAAGAAAGAAUUUCCAAAUGAAUCAAAUAAAAAUGGAACAAAUUCCUAUUAUGAAAAUGGUCAUCAUAACUUAAAAUCAGACACAGAUAGUGAAGCAGAAAAUUCUCAGAGUAAAAGAUUUAGAGAUCAUGAUGAUAAUGAACCUUCAAGCCCUUCAAAGAAGUGCCGUCCUGAGGACAAGGCAAAAGCUAAUAAAAAGAAUGAGCAUGAAGCAUCAAAAAAUGGACUUGACUCUAAUACUUCAAAAAACGGACCAAAUAAUAGUUAUGAGGCAAAGUCAAAAAAUGUGCAGUGUAGUGUGACUGAUGUUUCAAAAAACGGAGUCAUUCAUGAAAAUGAGAAAUCAAAAAAUGGACUUGUAGAAAAGGGGGAGAAGGGUAACAAAAAUAGCAAAGAUCAAAAACAAAGUAAACUAUCAUUGUGUAACAAUGGUGAAGCUUCAAAAGCUCAAAAUGACUCCUCUUCUGUAUCUGCCUCAUCCCUCUCUGGGUCAUCUUCAGACUCGGAAUCAAGUGAUGGUGAAGGUGAUCAGGAAGGAACUGAGCAUUGGGUAGAAAAGACUAAAGAGACCAUAGGAAAAGAGAAAAAUCUAGGUGUUCACAUUGUACAUUGGAAUGGUAACUUGAAAGAUCUUUCUCACUCUUUAGGACGUGACCGAGAAAAUGAACAGACUUGUGAUCGUGAAAGAGAGAAUUUUAAAGAACCUCAGAAAAGGCGAUCUGGAAUGUGGGAUGGUAGUCGCUCUACUGAAGUAGUCGAUGAAUUGCGAAGAGCUGGAGAAUUUGCAUAUGGAAGUAAAGUGAAUACAUGGAAUGGAAAUAAGAGCAUUAUAGAUCAUGAUGUUGAAAAAGACCGUAAGGAAUUAAAGAAGAGGACAUCCGAUGACUUAUACAAUGAGGAAUUUGACAGUGGCAGAGUAAGUAUAUAUAGUUAUGUGUUUGUAAAAUUACUGCCAUUACAUCAAGAAAUUUUUAUUAUGGCAUGAUACUUAUUCCUGCAU